CAGGUUCCUUAAGGUAUAGAAAUAAGUAUAAUUUUUUGGGACACCCAAAAUGGAAUAUUUGCUUGUAAUUAAGGGAUGGAGGGUUUAAAAACUAAAGGAAAAAGAGAAAAAAAAAAAAAAAAAAAUUAGCUGGAAACUUACACGCAAAGGGUCACUCGUCAUUUACAUCACAUCCAUUUCUCCUUCAUAAGGGCUUUCCAUUGACCCUUUAUUUUUUACCGCUUUUAAUAUUUUUUUCCCUCUCUACUCUUUAGUCUUUACUUUCUCUCUCUACUCUCCACUUUCAACAUCAAUGGCGGCUUCUUCUUCUGCUAACGAAGUAUGGCCACCUGGGUUCCGAUUUCAUCCUACUGAUGAAGAAUUAAUCCUCUAUUAUCUCAAACGCAAAGUCUCUCGUCGUUCUUUGAAGCUUGAUAUUAUCGCUGAAAUUGAUGUUUACAAGUUCGAACCUGAAGAUUUACCUGGGCUAUCUUUACUGAAGAAUGGGGAUCGGCAGUGGUUCUUUUUCAGCCCCAGGGAUAGGAAGUACCCAAAUGGAUCAAGGUCAAACAGAGCUACUAAACAAGGCUAUUGGAAAGCAACUGGAAAGGACCGUGCUAUUACCUGUAAUGCCAGGAAUGUUGGUAUCAAGAAAACUUUGGUUUUCUACCUGGGUCGUGCUCCUAGUGGCAAACGCACGGACUGGGUUAUGCACGAGUAUGUAUUAGAGGAAGAUGAGCUGAAGAGGUGCAAAAAUGUUUUUAAUUACUAUGUGAUUUAUAAGGUCUUUAAGAAGAGUGGUGCAGGUCCUAAGAACGGUGAGCAGUAUGGAGCCCCUUUUAAGGAGGAGGAUUGGCCUGAAGAUGAUUACCCAAAAAGCACGUCCAGUUGCAACCAGCUCUAUACUGCCCAGCAGAUGGUCAGUAUUCCUCCAAUUGAUAUUUGUCAGAAUGCCCAGGUAGAUCAUUCUGUGAAUGACAUUGAUGAGUUUUUGAACGGUGUGCUUAAUGAGCCUGCACCAUUGCCACUAAAUGAUGACGACGACUUUGAUCAAGCUCUGUCUCAGUUUAUUGGUGAAGAAGAUCAUAGUUUGGUGACGAAUCAAUCGUUUGAGGAAGUUAGUACUUUUUUCCGGGAUGAUGAUUUUAUCGAGAUGGAUGAUCUUUUCAGUCCAGGACCUGCCCAAGGCCUCAGUACAUCGCUUUCACAACCAACUAACGCAGAAAUCUCGGGGAAUUCACACUUUAGAAUGGAAGAUGGGGAAUUUACACUUCAGAAUUCACAGCCUACUAAUGGAGAAAUCCAGGGGGAUUCGCACUUCAGAAUGGAAGAUGGUUUGAGUGAAUUUGAUUUGUAUUAUGAUGCUGAUGCCAUAUUACAUCAAGUGGCAGCUAGUGAUCCGACAAUGCCUUUUCAAUACCAUAGGUCACAGUCACAAGGAAGUGAAUUAGUUAGUGAGACGUGGACUUAUGAGCCGAAUUUAUGCGUCGUCAACUCCACAGUACCAUCAACAGGUGUUGUAUAUGAUGGUAUGUCUGAAUCAAAUCAAAAGCAAAAUCAGGAGGCUGAAAGUUCUCAAUCUUGGUCUUCUUUAUGGUCAUUUGUGGACUCCAUACCUGCUGCCCCAGCAUCAGCUGCUGAUAGUGCCUUGUUGAACAAGGCGUUUCAGCGGAUGUCUAGUUUCAGUAGGUUAAAAAUGAGUUCUAAAAUCAUCAUACCCGCAGUUUCAGGUAGUAUCAAUAGUAAAUCUUCGAGUACAAGUGCAGGAAGCAGGUUGAAAGGAUACUUCUUUUUUUCGUUUUUGGCUGCCUUAUUUGCUAUAGUAUGUGUCUUUAUUGGUUCAAAUGCUAGUGCUUUUGGAAAAUUACAUUGCCGCAUGAAAUUGUAAAAUUUAUUUUCCCUUGGAGCCCUCAUAAUUGUAUGUAUUUGUGGGAACCGAAGGAGAAUUGUGAGAGUAUAUAUGUAAUUUUUUUCAGCAAUUGCUGGUGUUAUUAUACAUGAUUGAUUAUUAGUCAAAUCUGAAUAUUAGAUUAACCUGUUCGCUAAA